AAGUGCUUCAAAUCCAAUAAUAAUACUCCUAUUCUCUCAAUCAAAACAAAACAAAAACAAAAGAGAACAAAAGAGACGAGAAUAAUGCAAAGAACAGUGAGCAAGUUAUCAUCAGCAGUAUCACAGAGAAAAAACCAAGCUUCGUCUCUUUUCUGGCGUUCCUUUUCUCACUCUUCUUCUAGGAAUGCGUUUGGAAUUGCAUUUGAUAUUGAUGGCGUUCUUAUUCGGGGUAAUUCCCCCAUUGGAGGAUCCCCUCAAGCUCUCAAUAAGCUUUACCAUCCCGAGGGUUCCUUGAAGGUCCCGUAUUGUUUUUUAACAAAUGGGGGUGGUGUUCGUGAAUCUAAGAGGGCUAUUGAGUUGAGUAAACUAUUUGGUGUAGGAGUUUCUUCUUCACAAGUUUUGCACGGACAUUCACCCUUCAAACAAUUGGCACAUAAGUAUCCGCUGUUACAACCUUUUGUGCUUAGCUGUUUAAUACAUCAACUUUGGGAACCAAAGUUUGAGAAUGAUUUUGUUGUUGCUGUUGGCAAAGGAGAACCUGCUGCCGUGAUGUCUGAAUAUGGAUUCAAGGAUGUCAUAUCUAUAGACGACUAUACAUUGUGCUUUGACAACAUUGAUCCUCUGGCACCUCAGAAAAAAUGGACAGUGAAUGGAAGCUCAGAACCAUCACCGGAGCUUAAGAAAUAUGUUCGCUCGCAGAAGGUUCAGGCAGUAUUUGUUGUUAGUGAUUCUGUUGACUGGAGCAGGGACAUUCAGGUUCUCUGUGACAUAUUAAGAACUGGAGGCCUUCCCGGAGGAGAAAUUGGAAGUCAACCUCCACUAUACUUUGCCCAUGAUGAUCUUAAAUACCAGGGUGCAUUCCCCACUGAGCGGUUUGGCAUAGGUGCUUUUAGGAUUUCGUUACAAUCUGUAUUCAACAGUAUUCACCCUCAUCCUUUGCAAUAUUCUGCUGUUGGGAAGCCGAAUCCGCUUGCUUUCAAGAAUGCUGAAACUACACUACGUAAACUUUAUAACCACAUGAUUGCCAAUCAGGAUUGUGGUGGCAUUAGUCCUUUCGAAACCCUGUAUAUGAUCGGGGACAACCCAUCAGUUGACAUUAAAGGUGCACAAGAGGCAGGACGUCCUUGGUUCUCUAUUUUAACUAGGACUGGAGUUUUUAGAGGGAAGGAAAAUGAUCAGGAAUAUCCAGCAGAUAUGGUUGUGGACACUGUUGAAGAUGCUGUGGACUUUAUACUGGACAAGGAAAACAGUAGCUGAAAAUUGGUUGGUAUAAGGCUGAAGUUCUGAUUUGGAUUGAGCAACAGAGGUACGACCUAUAGAAUUGUUCAUGUUCAAGUGUGGUCGUCUGUUUUGGAUUGAGCUACAAUUGUCAACCGUAUAACAUAACAUUCAUUGGGAGGAUGCUCCAGUUAUGGUCAAUAUGAACUUCGGAGUACCUCAUUAAUUUGUGAUGAAAGCCUUUGGGAUUAUUUCGGCUGCCAUCGGCUGUUCAUGUAUGUAUAAGCAAGGAUACAUUUUCCAAAACAGUACAAAGUUAAUUUUGGUAAAAUAUCAUGUCGUUUAGUAUUGUUAGAUGUUAUUUUCACCUUUAGAUACUUAUCCACAA